GCAGCUCACAGAUCGUUAGAAACCUCGCGGGGCCCGGUGUCCAGGAGGCCCGUGGGCCGCAGGUCAGCACCCAAAGUGCCAGAGACGGCCCCUGACCGCCUGACGGGGGGUGGGCUUCCAGGGAAGGGAUGGCUCGGCCCCCAUGCCCAGCACUCGCCCCGCCUGCGCCCGCCAGGAUGGGCCGCCUCUCAGCAAUUCCUGGGGCUUAGGCUCACUCCGGCCUCCAGGCAGCAGCCAACCGCUCCGGCCUCGCAGGGGUCACUCGGGACCCACAUCUGAAAUCCAGGGCUUGCUGGGCCGGGGUGGGGGUCUCCCUGGUGGGAGGACUUCCCAGAGCACUGGGGUCCACAGCGCCGCUGCUUCUGUGCCCGGGGAAGAUACGCUAGCGCCCCCAAGCACUGCUGGGCCCAGGCUGCCCCGCAGAGGGGCUGCCUUCCCUUCUGGGGCCCGAGCGUAGGCACCGCGCAGCCUCGGGGUCUUUGGCACCGGGAACCGCUUCCGGGGUGAAUGCGUUUCGUAGUUGACCCCGCGCGGCCCGUGACGCGAAGGCCCAGACGGAAGUGCGGGCGGAGGAGCCCGAGCCGGAGCCCGGCCGGGAGCAGGUCUCCGGGGCUCCGGGCUGUGGGGACUGCUGGGCCUGGCAGCGAUGGCGACCCUGUGGGCAGGCCUCCUUCGUCUUGGCUCCAUGCUCAGCCUGUCUUGCCUGGCGCUCUCCGUGCUGCUGCUGGUGCAGCUGUCAGACGCGGCCAAGAAUUUCGAUGAUGUCCGAUGUAAAUGUAUCUGUCCUCCCUAUAAAGAUACUCCUGGGAGUAUUUAUAAUAAGAACAUAUCCCAGAAAGAUUGCGAUUGCCUUCAUGUGGUAGACCCCAUGCCUGUGCGGGGGCCUGACAUAGAAGCAUACUGUCUACGCUGUGAGUGCAAAUAUGAGGAAAGAAGUUCUGUUACGAUCAAGGUUACCAUUAUAAUUUAUCUCUCCAUUUUGGGCCUCUUACUUCUGUACAUGGUGUAUCUUACGCUGGUUGAGCCCAUAUUGAAGAGACGCCUGUUUGGACACUCACAACUGAUACAGAGCGAUGAUGAUGUUGGGGAUCACCAGCCUUUUGCAAAUGCCCACGAUGUGCUGGCCCGCUCCCGCAGUCGAGCCAACGUGCUGAAUAAGGUAGAGUAUGCCCAGCAGCGCUGGAAGCUUCAAGUUCAAGAGCAGCGGAAGUCCGUCUUUGACCGUCAUGUUGUCCUCAGCUAAUUGGGAAUCGAAUUCAAGGUGACUAGAAAGAAAUGAGGCAGACAAUGGGGAAAAACUGACUGUGUUUUCCUGGAUUUUGUUUUAUUGCCCUGUUGAUUUCACCAACUUUUGAUGGAAAAUUCAAAACUAGAAACAGAAAGAUGCUUGGUAUUUUCUUUUCUCGUUAACACAUUAGUGGAGACAUUUGUAAAAGCACACACCUUAAAGUCAGCCAACAAACCUUUCAUAUUAUGACUUUUACUAAUAAAAAUAAGUCUGCCUGUAAAUUAUCUUGAAGUCCUUUACCUGGAAAAAGCAUUCUUUUUUUUUUUUACCACAUAGUUUUAACUUGGUUUUCAAGAUAAUUUUCAGGUGGGGUUUUUGUGUGGUGUUUUGUUUUGUUUUUGUUUUUGUUUUUGUUUUUGUUUUUGUUUGGGAGGGGAGGGAUGCGUGGGAAGUGCUUAACGUAACUUUUCUCAAGCCACUUUACUACACAUACUUUUGUAAAUAGACUUUGCCUUUUAUUUUCAAGUUUCAUUUAUAUUUUGCAGCAUAGCCAGCCUCAUCAAAGCCCUGACUUACCUAUUUGAAUUUUGCACUGACUAUAUUAUCUAGAUAUCUGGUUGGCCUGUGGCUGUACUUCAUGGUCAAUUGAAUCCCAAAUGCCUGGUGGCCCUUCACAAAAUGCAGAUUUUCUUCAUGUACUGUGAUGUCUGAUGCAAUGCAUCCUAGGACAAACUGGCCAUUCGCUAGUUUACACUAAUGACUAAACACAAUCUUGGUGUGUGGUCUUUCUUGUCUUCUUCUAGUAUAUUUAAGGAUGAAUCCUAAGGACUUGGACAGUUGCAAUAAAGAAAUUUUCUUUUAAACCCAAGCCCCCUGGAUUGAUGACAUACACAUGUUUGUCAGCAUCUCCAGUCAGGUUGAGAGGCAGCCGUUGGAGCUCUAGUGUGUAUAGCUUUGAACUAGGACUGGAGUUCUGGUUGCCUGCCUCUGAAAGGUAUAACAGUUAUUGGAUAACUGGCUUUUUUUCUUCUUAUGUCCUCUUUGAAUUAUAACAAUAAAAAUAAUUUUUGAAACACC